CCGUAUCUCCCGUUUAAAAAACCUCCACGGCGUCCAAUCCUCCUUCGCCUUCACCAGUAGCAAGUUAACAGACAACUCCUCCCUCCACCGCCAAAAUCCGUACCCUAGUGACUGACUCUCACGCGGCUCAAUGGACGCGCGUCGCGUCUCCCGCACCGUGAUCGACCCCAAGGUCCGCCAAGUCGGGUUCUUCACCCCCAACGCCGAAGCCCCACCCGGUCGGACCCAGUCCGGCCCGGUAAUCCCAGCCCCUUCUCUAUCCGAAUCUCCGGCCAGCAACUCCCUCUAUCCCGUCAUGAUCCCCCCGUCGCGUCAUCUUUCCGACACCGUCGCGAUCCGUACGGCUGCCGUGCCGGUGCCGGAUUCGGCGUUGCGGCGCAAGGAAUCCGUCGACGUGCCAGUGGGCAGCUAUAAUCCGUCGGAGUCGUUGUUAGGGACCUCGCCGGUGUCAGCCUCGCCUUCGAGCCGCGUUGGGGAUGGACUCGAAUUCUCCGAUGAGUCCUCGGCCCUUUGGUGUCAGCGGAGUGGCUCCGGAAAGAUGGCUUCGAGCUUGCCCGGCGGAGGAUUCGAAUCCGCCGCAUCGAAGACGCCUGUUGAAGUUCCUGAAAAGAGUGGAGAGGCAGUUGCGGAAUCGCAGAAAGAACUUCCGGCAAAUGCAGAACCUUUGAAACCCAAGACCACAAAAGCCGAAAGACGUGCCUUGCAAGAGGCUCAACGCGCUGCAAAAGCCGCUGCUAAAGGUGAGGGGAAAAAACCUGCUGCUGUAAUCGGGGGUGGCACUCCUGGUAAGACUGCUAAGUCUACAAAGCAAAAGAAGGAUACUCCUCAAGUUGCAGCUUCGGUGGCUGCUUCUGAUAAAAAAGGGGGUGAUCGACCACCAGAUAAGGAAAGGAAGAAAGAUGUUCCUCCUCCACGUAUGCAGUUUGAUGAUAAAAGCCGAGUGGAGAAGGCAAAAAGGCGUGCAGUGGUCAAUCAAAUCGAAGCUAAAAACAGAGUUGAAUUGUUCCGGCAUUUGCCUCAGUAUGAGCGUGGAACUCAGCUUCCUGAUCUUGAAUCAAAAAUUUUCCAACUUGAUCCAAUGCAUCCUGCCAUUUAUAAGGUUGGACUGAAGUAUUUAGCUGGAGAAAUAUCGGGUGGUAAUGCUCGUUGUAUUGCAAUGCUUCAAGCAUUUCAAGAAGCCAUUAGAGACUACUCCACACCACCAGAGAAAGUUCUUGUCAGAGAUUUAACUGCAAAAGUCAGUAGUUAUGUCUCAUUUUUCACUCAAUGCAGACCACUUUCAAUUAGCAUGGGAAAUGCAGUUAGGUUUCUUAAGAGUCGUAUUGCUAAAUUGCCCUUGAGUCUUUCUGAGUCUGAAGCAAAAUCUACACUUUGUUCAGAAAUUGACCGCUUUAUAAAUGAGAAGAUAAUACUUGCUGAUAAGGUGAUAGUUAGGCACGCUUCUACAAAGGUUAGGGAUGGAGAUGUUCUUCUCACUUAUGGAUCAUCAUGUGUUGUUGAGAUGAUUCUGCUAUAUGCCCAUGAUCUCGGGAAAAAGUUUCGUGUUGUAGUAGUAGACUCACGUCCAAAGCUUGAAGGCCAAGCAUUACUUCAUAGGCUGGUCGCGAAGGGCCUGAGUUGUACAUAUACUCAUCUAAAUGCCGUGUCUUAUAUCAUGCAUGAAGUAACACGAGUAUUUUUGGGUGCCGCCUCGGUAUUAGCCAAUGGAACUGUAUAUUCGAGAGUAGGAACUGCAUGUGUUGCCAUGGUUGCUCAUGCGUUUUGUGUUCCAGUUUUGAUCUGCUGUGAAGCUUAUAAAUUUCAUGAAAGGGUACAGCUUGAUUCAAUUUGUUCUAACGAACUAGGUGAUCCACAUGCUAUUGCGAAGGUUCCUGGAAGAACGGAUGUAAACUAUCUAGAUAAUUGGGCGAAUAAGGAAAAUCUACAGCUUCUGAAUUUAAUGUACGAUGCUACUCCAUCAGAUUAUAUAUCUAUGAUCGUCACAGAUUACGGCAUGAUUCCACCCACAAGCGUGCCGGUCAUUGUCCGCGAAUAUGGGAGAGAGCACUUGUGGUGAUAGGGAACUCCGAAGUAGACUGACGACGGUGGAUGAACAAAGUAUUCACAUGUUCUGCGGCAGGAUUGUCUUGCAGGCGUGAGCGAAUAAACUCGGUUUUUUUAACAUUUGAUUGGGAGAACCUGCGAAGCGAAACGUUAAUGGUAAGCAAUUGUUAAAGAGAUGAUGGUAACAGGAGGGUAUAAAAUUUUGUUGGUAAAUACAACUCAGUGAAGAGUGCAUUUUGUAGCCUCUCCUGACAGUUGUGGAGGUUUUGGUUUCUCGUAUCAUGUAGUUCUUCAUUUGUCUCCAAAUUUUCGGAAUAAAUGUUUUUGGAAUAUGUUUUUUAUUAACCUGAAUUUCUUGGGAUAAUUUAAUUAUUGGAAAUUUCCUUGUGUA